AUGACUGGUUUACUUGUUGCUAUUCUUGGUGCUAAUUAUUUGCUCAUGGUUCGAGAAACAGCUGUGAUUUGUUUUAAAUUUUCUGUAACUAUGCGAUAUUUAGCUGCAUUGUCUAUGUUUUCUAUGGUUAUAACUGGUAUUUCACCUCAGAAUUUACUUCUACUUGCAUUUGGUGAUGCAAUGGCAGCGACUUGGACAGUUGUUGUACUUAGAAAAGAUCAACAAGAAAAUCAAAGUAAACAGAAGAAUUUAAAUAAAAAGAACUAA